AUGUCCCUCCACACCACCCUCCGCCGCACCGCGGCCUCACCUAUCAUCUCACAAGGAACCACAGCCACAACCUUCAUCUGCACACAAUGCCGACACGCUACGCUUCUCCGCCGCCCGAAGCGCCCCUACACAUUCACACAGCUCAUCACGCUCUCCGACGGCAGCACAUUCACGCACCGCACGACCAGCCCUCUCCCCGUGUACCGGUCAACAAGGGACACGCGCAACUCGCUCAUGUGGAACCCGACCAGCAAUAAGUUGAGGAACAUGGAGGACGACGAGGCCGGGCGCCUGGCUGCGUUCCGAGCGAAGUUCGGACGGAACUGGGAUGCGACUGCUCCUGCGGCUGAGGAGGGUGUUGAGGGGGAGAAGGAGAAGGAGGAGGCUAGGAAAGCGGCGGCGAAGGAGGCUGAGGAGGAGGAGGAUAAUUUGUUGGAUCUGAUUAGUUCGUUUGGGCAGGAGGAGGCUGAGUCUGGGAAGAAGAAGAAAUAG